CCAAUAACCGGCGCUGUGCGCAGGAGCAAUAGGCCCGAGUGGUCAUUCAGGGUGACCGUCUGUCUUUGGCUCCGUCUUCUCAAAUGAAGAAGGAGAACUUGCCCGAGGAACUCAGAUUGGCAUCUCCCCAGAUCAGCAAGGGCCUGGCGCUGCUUCAGAGUGUUUCCAGCAGGACCUCCCAUGGCCCAGAGAGGAAGCCGCCGGGAGACCAACGCAGACCCAGCAAGUCGGCCCAGGCCGUCAGCCACUACUACCACAAAGUGAGCCAGCUCAAGAAACUCACUAACCCUAAUGGCUUUGUGUCUGAAAUGGAAGAAAUGAGAAAGGCCUUCCUCAUGCGGCCCGGAUGCCCCCAGUUCACCAGCAGGGCCACAUCUGUGUCUCAGUUGGGUUCUGCCACCACAGCCGAUCUGCCCAGGGACAUGUGUCCCAGCUCUGGAACUUGGAGGAUGACUGAGGACCAGCCCCUGGACAGGCAGGGUUCUGCCACCAGUAUGGAUGGGCACCUCUUUCCAUUCAGCAAGAGUGCUUGUGAAAUCAACUACUCACAGAAGAGGAGUGAGUCCCCAGCCACGAGUCCCUCCAGCAGCCCAACCAUGGUCAAGAGGUCCCAGAAAACCAGAAUGCCCUGGUACAUCUCAGUCAUCCAUGAGAAGGAUCUUUCCCUGGUCCGGCUGGGAGAAGAGCUCCAGCGUCUCUCAGUGCUGGAGACCCAGAUGCAGCAGAAAGACCAGGAGAUCUUGACGCUCCAGAAGGAGAAGGAGGCCCUGAAGAAGCAGCUGAAAAUCCUUCUCAGAAGCAAAGGCACAGAACCAUCUUCAGGUUCCAUCAGGACGGAUCGGUCCUUCGAGGCCUCCACGCUGAAGCUGGGGAGGCUGAGCAUGCUGAAGACCGCGUUCAAAGAAGAGGAGGAGCUACAGCGCUGGAUGCAGAUGCAGGACGACUAUAACGUGGCAGAGAACAAGGAGCAGCCGAUGGAACCAGUUAGCGUCGUGGAGGAAAAGGGGCCCGAGGGGCCCCAGGAGGAGGCUGCCAGAUCUAGGAGCAGCAUGGGCAAGGGGGGGAUUUUGCAUGAAGUGAGCACCGAGGAGGAGGAGGAGGAACCAAAAGGACCCGAGGAGGAGGAGGAGGUGGUGGUGGAGGAGGAAGAGUCGUGGGAGCUGAAGGAGGAGGAGGAGGAGCACCGUCCCAGGAAGUCAUACUCUCUGACCGAGUCCUUUGAGGAGGAGUUGAUGGCCCAGCUAGAGGAGUAUGAGCACAUGUUGAUGGACUUCCAGAGCGAGCUGGAACACAUCAGGGCCAAAUAUUCCCUGGCCACAGGAGCCAUCACAUCUUUACAACGGCAAAUGGACUUCCAAGAGUCUCAGUUGCGAAAGGUCACCACGGAAAACGAGCGGCUGGAAAAGGAGCUCCGUGAACGAAAGAAGCAGAUACAGAGCAUGACCAACAAGUUCUCCAGCCUCCGGGAGGAAAAGAAACAGCAGGGGGUAAUGGGACUCAUUGAGAAGGAAAAUCUUACCCUCCGACAGCAAGUAUCCGACUUGGAGACGGAGCUCCUCAAGCGUGAUCAGACCAUCACAGAGCUGAACAGCAAAACCAGCGAGCUGCAGGCUCAGGUGGACUUGAACGAGGACCACCUGAGGCGUUGGAAGGAGUUGCAUGACGACCUGCAGAGCCGGAACGAGACAAUCCAGCAAGCAGAGCAGCAGACUCGUGUGGUCCUGGAGUCCUCUCAGGCCAGGCUCGAGAGACUAAGGAGUAAGAUCAUCCAGGCCGUCUUCAGCGGCGGCAGCGGGACCAAGAACUUGUCCACUGAGCUCUCUGACAACUACAUCCUGGAGUCCCUGCAGAGAAUCAUCUCAGAGAGAAGUGACUUCUAUGGUCAGCUGAAACAGAAAGGCGUAAAGGUGCCCCCGCUGCAACAGUCAGACAUCUCCCUGCCCAGCAAGAUCAAGAAGUUAUCUCCCAAGUAGGGCUGGCUGGGAUCCCCAGGACCUGGCCUGCUGGGGCAGAAGCCAGGACCUGUGUCAGGCUUGCUCUGUGACACACACACACACACACACACACACACACACACACACACACACACACAAAUUAAACCUUAGAGCUGGCCACUGCCUCAUCUUCUCUGCUACUUACAGGACCUCAUCCUUUGUACCCGAACUACCUGGGCCAUGUCCCAUGCCACAGCUCCUUCUCCAGGGCCACAGCCCGUUUGUGGGGAGAUCCACACCUCCAGGGAGCUCUUCCAGGCUUUACUUUGCAGGGGGCCAGAGGUUGUCCCCCUCCUGCUUCUUUGGACCCGACACUUCCGCCCGGGGCCAUGCUCUUGCUACUGGGGCCCCUUUGGAAGGUGGAGUGGGAUGGGGUAGGUGGGGUAGGUGCUGAGGACAGCUCUUCCCAACCCACUGCCUCCUGGUUGUCUGUGCUGAACACAAAGCUCAUCUCCGUCUGCGGCAUUUUGCUCUCACGUCUUGUGCGUGCACUCUGGUGAUCCUGCAGCCGCCCUCCCGUGCCCUGGACGCCACCAGUCCGGGAACACCAUCUCUGUCCUCCAUCUGGGGAGGAGAAGGCCUGGAUUCUGCAGGCUGGGAAAGG